GCGAAUGAUACGGUUCCAGUGAAGGCGGGAGGAUGAGAAGCGGAACGUUUGGUGCGAAGCGCUGCUAGCUUUGUUUCUGGCGGGUAAACAACAACAGUAGGGAGAUGAUAUGUAGCUAGGUAACUCCAGUCAGUGGUCAGAGUUAGUAAACAUCAUUUCCGUAGCAUUUCAUAAAUAUGUUUGCUGGGUAGGCAGUUGAGUCCUUGUCAGUUUUGACGCGUACGCGGAGAGAAUUUUGACUAAGUUGCAAAGCUAACGUUUGUUUCUUCACGUCAACUAUUGGUCAUUUGACCCCCCCCCUGGCUUUGCCGAUUUCGACUGGUUCAGUGGAAUGGCCACAAGGAAGCCUGAGGAAACUGAUGACAGCCUUCCUUUUGCUGCGCUUCAGCUCCUGGCCCCGCCUGUGCGUCUGGUGUCUGCGGCUCUCUGGAAAGUGCUGAAGCAGAGGGACGUGAUGCAGUAUGGCGUUGUGGAGGAAUUUGUCACAUCGGCCUGCGAGACCGUGCCGGGGCUGCUCACCGUGAGACACCAGGGCAAACUGGCGCUGGGAUUGAGAGGACGGCUGAUCUUGGAGCUGUGCAGUACACAGCCUGAUGUGAAGGUGAUUCAGCCUCACCUGAAAAGGAUGCGUGCUCCAGCUGCCCCGUCAUCCUCUUCAGCUUCUACUGUGAAGAAGGAUGUCAAAAUUAUGAGAACAGUUGAGAGUUUCCAUUCGUUUAUUCACACACUGCUAACAGACCCAGCAGAGAGAGAACAGUUCUUCAGGGAAGAGUUUCCUGUGGAUUACGGUCCAAAGUUUGACGAGGAACUGGAGAAGCUGCUGUGGGAGUUUUUGAUUCGACUUGACCAGUUGCUUCCAGUUCCCAACCUAGCUCAGACUGUGUCAUGGCUCAGUGAAGCUCCCCCUGUCCUGGAGGAGUGUGCACGGUCAGCCACCCAGCCCCAGCUCCUGAACAUUUUGCUUCAGCAUCAAACCUGCCUUGGUCAUCUUGAUUCAGCAGCAUCCCUCCCUCCAAACAUGGGAGACUCCAUCCUGGAUUCACUUUCUCUGCCACUGUCUGGAAGAUUACCUUCGAAUCAACAAGCAGGAGCCAAAACGUCUGCUGUGGACCAGUCUAAUGGCACACAGGCAAGAGACAAAACACCAAUUAUUAUGCCUGUUAUCGGACUAAUAUCUAAUGAAGACGUACCAAUCAUGAUCUCUGCCGGUAAAACGGCACUGAGAGGUGAUGAGCCAGCCAGCUCAAAAGAUGCAACAAACAAGCACUCGGACCCAAAAGAGAACUUGAAAAUCACUGUGGUUAAACAGAGACAAAAAUCAAAUGACGAUGGAUUGAAAGAGGGCGAAGAACAGCUGGAGGACGAGAGGAACGCCUCACAAAGAAGCAGAGGAGAGAAACGCAAGCAACCUUACAAAAGACACCGUGAAUUCGAUGAGGAGGAGGAGGAGGAGGAGGAAGAGGAGGAGGAGGAGGAAGUGUUAGGCAUGACCAGAUCUAUGAAAAAGAGGGUAAGCAGGGUCAGGCCGGGUAGAGGUGACCAGAGAACAAAUGAGAGCGAAGAAGGUGGCGCAAAAACUGAAAGAAGUGAGGAGUGCAAAAGAGCAGUCCUGGCAACCUGUAUGACCCAACUGGGCGUCAAAACGCUCCAGCUGCCCGAAGAUCCAGCCCUCUGCUCCAUUUUUGUGUCCUGUCUGAGCAGCCAGCCCAGAGUUAUUAUCGAAAAACUUUCAGAGGCUUCUGCUAGCGCUAACAGGACUGGUAGAGGAGGAAAAUCCCCACAUAAGGAACAGCAGAGUCAGAGGAGGAAGUCACCAGUCAAAGCUCCAACACACAAAAGCAUGAGCAUCCAAUUUCAAAAGCCUGAAUCAGACGUUUCUGGCUUGGAUGAUAAAGAAAAUCAUCCUGUAUUACCGAGUUUAAGCAGCUCUUCCGCUCAACUACGGCGUAACACAGAGAUGUUGGCCCGUCCUGGAGACGGGGAAGACUACGUAGCUGAUUCUGAGGAUGAAGCAACAAAGAACUUCAAAGGCAGGCUGUUCAUGAAGCGCUACUACAAAACCAAACACGGCACAUACGUUCCCACCCUGAGGGAGUUCUGGAAACCCGGCAUGACACGGCGGGACUUGCUGUUCGCUGGCAGUAAACGCAGAUGAUAAAACGCACUUUCACUACCAAGUUUAGUAAACGCCAGAGAAUUUGGACGGUGGCAGAGCUGGAUUUCUCCACUGGCUACGAGUUAGUUAUCUUUCUCUUGAUUUAUGUUGUAAUUGUGGUUGCAUCAGAUUGAUUUUACCUUGAAUAAAUGGUACGUCAUCAUGAGAAACAAGCCCUGAGAAGCAAAUAAAACUGUGGGGAUUUUUUAAAUGUUACUGUACAGUUUGUAAAUAAAGAUCAGGCAGUAUCUGUUAUGUCUGUCACAAAUAAGUACUUUCAAUAUGUAAUAUGCUCAAUUAAUAAAGGUUUAUGGUGUUGCAGACAUUUUGUACGAGACAAAAUGAUCACUUUGGGCAU